AUGAAGCUCGACUUUUUGGAAACUAAUGAUGAGAAAAUGGCGGCAACAGUGUCUUGUUCUUCCCUGAGCUCAUUUAUUCAUUUAACAAUUUCCCUCCAGAAGUUUCAACAGAAGGCUCAGAAACAAACUAAGCAGAAGAAAUCUAAGUCGUCUGACUUUCUGAUGCAAAAGAUAAGAAAGUUUCAAUUGAAGUCUCUGAAAAAUCCAGCUUUUAACAUCAACAAUACUGAUAUUUCAGCACAUCAGACUUACAAGGUGGGACUUAUUAGAUAUGACAAGCUGACUUGCAGUCUUGCAGCUCACCCACAAAAACUCAGGUUGCAAGCCCAAGCUGAACCAAGAGGAAAUGAAUGCAGCAGAAAUUACUUUGACCCUCUGAUGGAUGAGGAAAUAAACCCAAGGCAGUGUGGAAUAGAGGUCAGCAAAGAGGGUGAGGCAGAAUUAAAUGAGUUAUUCCUGCAUGACAAACUGAUGUGGCUUAUAAAUAAAGGCAGGGGAAGGGCUGGUGUCACAUGGACAAUGAUUAUGCCCUCAGCACAAAUGAAAGUUGAAGAGAUAAAAGGUGAAGAUACUUUGGAUUCUAUGUGCUUUGUCAACAGUAUUAAGACCUCUGGUCUUUGUGAUGAAGUUGAAGAUGAAGACAUUCUCCCUUACAUCGAACAGUUUGAGAAAGAGGUUCACAAUGAAGUUAUUCUUCUGGGCAACCUUCCAUGCAAACAGGAUUUAAAAUAUGAAGGUAUUUUCCAAGAUGGAAAGUUCAGUAGAAAAUUUUCUGAAGUAUUGCAAAGCAAGCCAGAAAAUCAGGUGUUGGAAACUGCCUCAAAUGGCUGGAAAAUGAGGGCUGCAGCCAAACUUCGUAACCUUGCAGGAGUGAGUCACAAUUCAAAUGGAACAGCUGUUCCUUGCUGGAAGGUUAACCGCACUAAAAAAUCUCAAUUUACUGAUAUCCAUCUAAAAUGCUUGAGGGGUAUCAAAGACAAAGUGCCACAAGGUAGUUACAGUCUCAAGGUUUCCAUUUGUAAACAACUUAAUGGAAAAUUUCUUGCAUGCUCCAAAGUGGAUGGACAACAAUUGACUGGAAAGUCACUGCCUGUGAGACAUAAUGGGAACUUCUAUGACGUGGAGAUCUCUUUUGGACAAAGCAUAUACACAGAUGUUCCAGUUAGAAAGAAUGGGAAGCCUGGAGAAAUACUUCUUUUUGAGCUGUUUCUUCUCCAAGGAACUUCUGGCAGAGUUGUGGGCUGGGGAGUUUUUCCUUUAUGUAAUAAUAAUUUGGAAAUCGUGGAUGGGAAGUUCAAGUGUCCUCUUCUCAGAGGUCAUUAUGAUUCCAGAAUUGAUAGAUUCCAAAAAAUUGAAAAGUUGAUUUCUUCUGAUUUGGAUCACUGGCUAUGCAAUCUUUAUUUUCAGAUAAUUAAACUUCCAUGGUAUUCAAAUGAAGAGUAUAAAUAUGAAGUGGGCCUUCAGCCGUCUUCAAAAAUUCUUCAGUAUUCAAGUACUGCUGAGAAGGAUGGGAUUUCAAAGGAAAUCAUAGGGCAACCUCUGACCCCUCGGAGAGAUUCUGACACUCAUAAGGGAAGUAUUCCCAGUGCUGAAAAGGAAGUGAGGAAGCGGUUUAACACGAUGAAGAAGAAUGAUCCAAAUGAUGUGGUUGUGCAAAGCGGUUCUAAGAUCAGACUAGAUGCUGAUGAUGGAGUAUUACGGUCUUAUCAGGAGGAAUUGGAGAAACAUAGAUUCUCUGUAUGCUGUCACCCUGCUGUUGAUGCAAACAUGUCCUCAAGACUCGCCAAGCAUUUCUACUUCGGAGCAUAUGAUGCCUUUUUUGAACUUGGAAGAGGACAAUGGUAUUCCUGGGAUUUCUGGACCAGUGUGCUGCUAAUCUCUUUCCUUUGGUUUAUCCGUCUUUAUCUGCAUUAUUUUAGUCAAUGGAUCUUACUCCACGUUUUUGCAGUUCCUGUCACAAAGUAA